GGAGGUUAAAGUUGAUAUGUGACGCAAAACUACGCGCCAACCAAACCCAAAAGAACCAGUUUACCUUAUUGCAUAUCAGCGUUGUUAUGUUAUUCAGGUCAUUGAUAACGAAUGCCUGCACUCUUGGUUUUCUCGGAGCUGCAACGACUUACAGCCUUGUCCCUGUGAAAGUGAAAGCCCAGGCUGCUGCUCUCAUCCACAACCUAGUGAGGAAGUCAUCGGUUGUCGAACAAUCCAACAUGAAGAUUGAACUACUUCCAGCGCUCAGUGACAACUACAUGUACCUUGUGAUCGAUGUUGACUCCAAAGAAGCAGCUAUUGUCGACCCCGUCGAGCCGAUCAAGGUUAUUGAAGCAGUCAGAAAACAUGGAGUACGACUCACAACAGUGUUGACAACCCAUCACCAUUGGGAUCAUGCCGGUGGGAAUGAGAAGAUGGUAAGGUUGAUGCCGGGACUAAAGGUGUAUGGAGGGGAUGACCGAGUUGAUGCCCUCACGAAGAAAGUCACUCAUUCCAACACCCUCAAAGUUGGCUCCCUCACUGUGAAAUGCCUGUUCACUCCAUGUCACACGACCGGCCACAUCUGUUACUAUGUAACCAAAGAAAACAGCACCGAACCCCCAGCAGUGUUCACAGGUGACACGCUCUUUGUUGCCGGCUGUGGUAAAUUCUUUGAAGGCACGGCGGAGCAGAUGUACAAGGCCCUGAUAGAGACUCUUGGGAAACUUCCACCUGAGACGCGUGUAUACUGCGGUCACGAGUACACCGUCAGCAAUCUGAAAUUUGCACGACACGUGGAACCAGACAAUGAAGACAUUCUUAAGAAGCUAGAGUGGGCCAAGGAACAAUGUGACAAGGGUGAACCUACCGUUCCAUCCACUGUGGCAGAUGAAUUCACAUACAACCCUUUUAUGAGAGUAAAGGAGAAGUCUGUGCAAGACCAUGUUAAACAGACUGAGGCUAUUAACACAAUGAGAAGUCUACGGAAAGAGAAGGAUAGCUUUAAGGUCCCAAAGCUGUGAAGCUCAUUGCGUGAAUAUGAUCUCUGCAUGCAAUUGGAAACACAAUCAGUCUUAUUUUUUAUUUCUCAAAAUUGAGCUAAAAAGCUGGAAUCCAAUGUAAUAUUUAUUUAAAAAACUGAAACUUAUGGUGAUGGGGCAUUCUAAGUAAGUUAUGUUUUAAAACGGAAAAAUAUAAAAUAAUUCAUUUUUUUUUACAAAUACAUAUUUUGGGGGAAUGCUGCAGGAGCCAAUCUGGCAUAAUGCUUGAUUUUAGAUUAUAUGAGGAAGAGAACUUUUACCUGUAAAUAAUUUCCACUGUAAUGUAAUGGCUAAUUCCGAAAUAGUUUUUUGUUAACGUAUAACACUUUCACAAUGUGUCUACAGAGAGCUUUUUGAUUAAUAUAUAUUACUUGUCUUAAUAUGUUGUCGAUUAUUUUUUGUUGUGUAGAAGCUUUAUUGAUAAACAUUCUAUCAAGGAUGAUCCAUAUACAGAAAUCACAUAUUUGGAAAUUAUUUCUACUUGAGUUUACAAUAAUUUCUUCAUGUAGUCCAUAUUUGUCUGUUAAUCAUCAAAGGUAAAAAGUUGGAAUGAUUCUGUUAAAUUAGAUAUAAACCACCUGCAGUGCAAUAUAUAACCCAUUCUU